GAAAACGAGUUUGUAAACAAAUCCCUCUGAGAAACCUGCGAAAGUUUAAAUAUAAUAAUAUAAGAAGACAGGUGAAAACAGAAGACAAAUAUUUUGUCAAAGUAAUAUAUUCUGUAGACAAGCACUGAUGCCGCAGUUAAUUUUGAAUAACUGUUAAAGCCUUCGGUGUGUAGACAAUGAAAAGACUGAUAAGUCAACAAGGGACUUUAUCCAGAACUGAUACUAUAUUAAUAAUGUUUAAUUGGAUCUCGUCACCUGUAACAUUUUAAGCAGUCAUGCAAGGAAGGGCUGAUCAGAGCAUGAGCCGAGGAGGAGGUUCUUCAGGGGGAAAGUCUCUGGCUCCAAGUAGAAGCACCGUCUAUAUUUCCAACUUGCCUUUCUCUCUUACAAAUACAGAUCUACACAAGAUUUUUGAGAAGUUUGGAAAGCUAGUGAGAGUGACUAUUCUUCGGGACCGUGAAACCAGAAAGAGUCGUGGAGUUGCCUUUGUAUUAUAUCUGUCUCGUGAAGAGGCCCAUGCAUGUGUUAAAGGAACUGAUGGGAAAGAAAUGUUUGGCCGAACACUCAAAGCAAGCAUUGCGAAAGAUAAUGGUCGAGCUCCUGAAUUCAUCAGGCGAAGAGAAUAUCCAGACAAGUCAAGGUGUUAUGAAUGUGGAGAUUUUGGUCAUUUGAGUUACUCUUGCCCUAAAAAUCUGCUUGGAGAUAGAGAACCUCCUAAGAAGAAACCAAAGAAGCGAAGAGGUGAUUUCCAGGAUGAGACCAAAUUCAAGAAUGCUAAGUAUGAGGAUGACGAUGCAGAAGAGGAUGAGGAUGAAGAACCAAAGUUUGAAGAAGACUCACUCAGCGAAGCAAUCAGAUAUCAACAAGAACUAAGAGAAGCAGAAGAAUUCCAAAGUAGACUUGCAGCAGGAGAAUAUUCCAAAUGCGAGCCAGGGGUUCAUCGAGCAAAGAUAAAGCAGUCUUCCUACUUUAGUGAUGAAGAAGAACUGAGCGAUGAUUGAAAUAACAGUGAUUGGUCAGAUUGUGAGAUAAUGCAACAAUUAAAUUUUUAGUUUUGAUCCUAAGUUCUGUACUAUUGUUAUUGAGGUUCUUGUGUGCACUGUGGAAGAAUGUGAACUAGAAGCUGAGGCUGUGAACUUAAUCAUUUGGUAAUAA